GGCUUUCAAACUAAGACAAAAAAAAAACAGCUCUUCGGUCGAACAAGUUCUCCUUUGGCUCCGAGGGCUCGAAACGGAGGCUCGGUUUUCUCUCUCUGGAUUGAUCUUCCGAUACGUCUGCUCGGGUGAAUUUUGAGGAGGAAAAUGCCAGACAUUCAAUCUAUGGUUGGGGAAUUUCUUAACAUCCUCAGGAAACGUAAGAUCGAGGGUUCUCAAGCGACAGCCAGGCAAACUGCGGAACUUCUGAGGUCAGUCAUUUCACAACAGCGCGUGCCUCACACAAACCAGGCCGGAGCCCUUAUUGAUGCGGUGAAGGCUGUUGGGGAGCAAUUGAUUGCCGUGAAUCCCGUUGAGCUUGCAGUGGGGAACAUCGUUAGACGGGUUUUGCAUAUUAUCAGAGAGGAGGAUCUCUCUCUCACUACUGCUGCUAUGUCUGGAUUGGAUUUGUUGGAUGUGAGCGAUGACGAAGAUGAUAGCAAAAGAAGCAGUUAUCCUGCAAUGUCAGCUGCAAUUGUUGCAGCUGCUGCUAGGAGCACUUUGCGUCCUCCGUCCUUGCAAACACUUCUCGAGGGGACCCCUGACUCUGUGACUGUCCCAUACACUUCUUCAUCUGGUGGUGAUUCUGAAGGGAAAAGUAAAUCUGCUGAUAAAAGUUCAAGAACUCGGAAGCUGAAGCAUGACGUCAUAGAAACAGUCAAUCAACUUAUUUCCGAAAUUUGCACUUGUCAUGAGCAGAUCGCUGAGCAAGCUGUAGAGCAUAUACAUCAAAACGAGGUGAUUUUAACCUUGGGUAGUUCAAGAACUGUUCUUGAAUUUCUUUGUGCUGCGAAGGAGAAGAAGAGGUCAUUCCGCGUAUUUGUUGCUGAAGGUGCCCCGAGGUAUCAGGGACAUCUUUUAGCAAAAGAACUGGUAGCUCGAGGAUUGCAGACCACAUUGAUCCCUGACUCUGCAGUCUUUGCCAUGAUAUCGCGAGUAAAUAUGGUUAUUGUUGGAGCUCAUGCUGUCAUGGCAAACGGUGGGGUUAUAGCACCUGUUGGAGUAAACAUGGUCGCACUUGCGGCUCAAAAGCAUGCUGUCCCUUUUGUCGUUCUCGCUGGGAGUCACAAGUUAUGCCCGUUGUAUCCGCACAAUCCAGAGGUGUUAUUAAACGAACUAAGAUCCCCUUCUGAGUUGUUGGACUUUGGUGAAUUCUCCGACUGUCUGGACUUUGGUGCCGGGUCUGGUUCUACCCUUCUUCAUGUUGUCAACCCAACGUUCGACUAUGUACCUCCCAAGCUUGUUAGCCUGUUCAUAACCGACACGGGAGGGCAUAACCCGUCAUACAUGUACCGCCUCAUUGCGGAUUACUACUCUGCUGAUGAUCUGGUGGUGUAACUGAAGAUCUGAUCUGGGAAUUGCACAUAGAGAUCGAGUCCUUCAGGGUCAGGUAACAUCCCAUUUUUCAUUCUCAAAUGAUGCACCACGGAGCUGCAAUGAAAGGGAUACACUUAUAUAGGCGAAAACUGUUGCUAGAGGAUCAUGAACCAGAAGAAAUGGGCAUUUUCUCUCUCUGUCUUUUUUCCUGUGACUGAAAUGGCAAGGUCAAGUUUUAUCUUCUUGAGAUCCUAGGAUUUUUAUUGUAACUUUUUGAAUGCCAGAUUAGAGGCAUUAGGAUCUAGUUUGGGUCUCUGAACUGUUUAGUAGCUCGAAAGUUUCAGCAGAGGUUGAUAUGUCUGAAUUUGAAGUUCAUCAUUUACUUGGAGUGCAAGUUACCGACACGUUAUCAAUCUUCAGUUUAGUUCUUUA